AAGGACCGAAAUUUAUGAGAUUUGCAUCCCUUCAUUUUCGUAUCUAAUAUUUACUUUUGCUAAUUUAUUAUUAUAAUCUUUAUUUCUUACAAAAUGACCAAAACGGUUAAUUUCCGAAAAUUGGGACGGCCAAGUGCUCACCGACAAUCAUUACUAAGAAGCUUAGUAACAUCACUGGUAAAGCAUGAGAAUAUCCAGACAACAUGGGCUAAAGCCAAAGAAGCACAAAAGCAUGCUGAACAUUUAAUUACAAUGGCCAAAAAAGCGAGUCCUAAAAACAAUCGACGGGAUUUGGCACAAGGGAUGAUUUUUGAACCAAAGAGCACGUUGAAAAAGGUGUUUGAGGUACUGUUGCCUAGAUACAGUCAACGGAGAUGUGGGUAUACGCGUGUUUUACGAUUGCCUCCUAGAUAUGGAGACAACGCGCCUCAAGCUAUCCUUGAAUGGGUUGAUGGAUCCAAGGACACUAGAUUCCACAUGACGGCAAAGGCAGUUGGUGUUGCUUUAGCGCACAACCGUGAUUUACAUCCAAUGACACAAGUGAAUAUGGAAAAAGUUUUGAUGUUUAGGAAAAAUGGCAGACAAGAAUUUGACCAGCUCGUGGAAAAAGCAAAGCAAGAAGAAUUGACACGACUUCAAGAAGAGUACAAAUCUGAAAAGGAGAUUGAAGAGAAACCCUGGAAGCGCGGAGACCGAGUUCCCCUCCCUAAGUAUGUUUAAACUAUUUUAGCCAUUCCAAUAGGAAUGAACAAAGCUAGUGCAUAACACACCUAGACUACCGUACCGAGUGUUUAGAGAUAACUUGGGAGCGAGACGUAAAGUCGACUUGAUGGUAGAUGGGAAAGUACUUCGUCGUUUUAAUUUUCCUUUUGGUAAGAUGACAUUUAAAGAUGUGUUUCUUGAUUCUUUGUGGAUACCAUUGCAUGUAAUGUCAGUUGACAAUUGUACAAGAACGAGCAAUUGUAAGAUUCUGCUUUAAGAAACGUGAGAUUGCAGUCAUGCAUGCGAAAUGUUUAGAAUUGAAUAUUAAAAAAUAGAAUGAAAGCAAUAAAAGAGACUUUGAAUCCAAAACAUUGAUUUUAAUAUUCGUACUUAUACCUAUUCCUACAGAUAUGCCAAUGCCUACCUAUAUCCUAUACCUACUCUACUAACUACACGUGGAUCAAUAUGCCUACCUGCUCGCUCUACUAUAACUUUCCAAUGUUUUUAUAAGGAUUCAAUCAUAAGUCACCUUAAAUGAAUUUAUGGCUCUACUGUACUUUACCAACUUUACCAUACGCAACGUAUCACAAGUCGCUAAAGCACUUAACCCAUUGUACCAUAUUACGGUAAAUAACAAACGGAAGUGGCAACAUGCUUGACACCUUCCAUUAUCUAAAGGUUCGUGAUCCUUAGCAUACAUGGAAUUCAUUGGACGAUAACAAUUUAGGUUCAAGUAAAAUUACGUCAUUACGCAUGAUACUUCUACCUAAACUUUUGAAAGUCAGACGGUCUAUAUAUAAGGCAAUUCCUCUUUUUUCUUUGGUAUGGAGUUUUGUUUUAAGCAAUC